AUAAGGAAGAAUCCCAAUCAGUAGUCUUCUACCAUUAUAAUCACCUUUUGAUCAGAUAAGACCACUUGCUUCAGUCCUUUAUUCGUUUGGCUCUCUCUCUUUCAGCUUUCAGUUUCGUCUGACUAGGGGAUAGAUGGGGUCCGAAGGGCCUUCACCUGUGAUCGUACAUGUGACUGGUUUCAAGAAAUUUCAUGGAGUUGCUGAAAAUCCAACAGAAACCAUUGUAAGUAAUCUUAAAGAUUAUAUGAAGAAAAGGGGUAUGCCCAAAGGGCUGAUCCUUGGGAGUUGCAGCAUCCUUGAUACUGCAGGCCAGGGAGCCCUAGUUCCCUUGUAUCAGACACUGCAAGCUGGUUUAAAGGGUGGUGACUCGGAGUCAUCUAAUUCCAGGAGAGUUAUUUGGGUACAUUUUGGAGUUAAUAGUGGUGCCACAAUGUUUGCCAUAGAGAAUCAGGCUGUCAAUGAAGCUACUUUCCGUUGUCCAGAUGAGAUGGGAUGGAAGCCUCAGAAAGUCCCUAUUGUUCCUGCAGAUGGGGCAAUUUCACGUAAACGAGAGACUUCUCUUCCGGUGGAGGAAAUGACCAAGGUAUUGGCAAAGAUGGGAUAUGAAGUAAUGACCUCUGAUGAUGCAGGCCGGUUUGUAUGCAAUUAUGUAUACUACCAUUCCUUGCGUUUUGCAGAGCAGAAUGGUGUCCGAUCACUAUUUGUACACGUGCCCCUCUUCCUAACCAUAGACGAGGAGACACAAAUGCAAUUUGCUGCUUCUUUGCUGGAGCUACUCGCCUCUUUAUACUAGUCCUUGACUUCUGUGUCCGGAAGUGUAUUUGCCUUGUUAUUUAUGCUGUGUAUGCAGAAGAAGGUUGAUCUGGAUAUAAAUGUAAUGCUUUAAUAAACGGUGAACUUUUAGUGAAUGGCAAAUGCAUUUGGUGUGUACAUGUAUCUUCGUCAACAUUCCUUGGGUGGUUAAUCUCGUUGAUUUGGAGAUGUUUCAUGCUUAUGUGCGAGCAAACUUACAGCUUUCUGUAUCUUCUUUUCAAAGUAAUGGACAUGAUAGGAACUUGUCCUUCAA